UAGUUAGUGUUUUUAUGAAUCUAGAAAAUUCGAAGUCCACAACACCUGAGAACAUGUUCCAGUCAGUUGUUUGACAACUGUGCUUGAAGUUUUGAAAUUAAAGACUGUACAGUCGGUGACACGACAUAGACUAGAAUUAGUUUGCUUCUUAGAGAAAAGGACUCCAGUAAGAAUGACAAGAUAUUUGUCACUAUGCUGUUUUAUAGCAACAUGCUUGUCAGAACCAGUUACGCAAAUUCCUGGUUACCCACAAUUGAAGUCAGCACAUAUACAAAAUCUUCAUAAUGGAGGUUUUGGAUCUACACUAAGAAAUUUUCUACCAACAGAAACUAGUGAGGUAACGGAGCAAUUGUAUGAAGAGGAGCCCAACGACAGCGAGGCUGAACCCAGUCAAGACAGAGCAGCAUAUGCUAAUCAGAAUUACCCCAUACCUAUUAAAGCCACCCAUCAACCUUUUAGAUCUGCACUCAUCCCUAACUCAAAUUAUCCCAUUCCAAUCAAGGCGUCUGCUAGUAAAUAUCCAACUGUUGGUUCCGAGAAAAGGAUACCACAAAAACAGUAUCUUCAGCUUGGCGAAAAACUGCAGGCAAUUAAUAAAUUGGAAGAUGAAAAUGAAGACGUUGAAGAACCCGAUAGACUCUCCUUACUUUUACCACAGUCCAAAUUUUCUUGCAACGAUAGACACACUGGAUAUUAUGCAGAUGAGGGUUUGGGAUGUGAAGUUUUUCAUUACUGCCAAGAAAAUUCGAAGCAUUCUUGGAUUUGUCCCGAAGGAUUUACAUUCCAUCAGGUACAUUUAAUUUGUAUGCCACCUGGCGGAGAUAACAUUUGUGAAAAAUCAUCUGAUUACCACUUUGUCAACGAUUUCUUGUACAAACCAGUUAAUUUGGAAGAAUAUCAACAAAAACCUAAUGUGACAUUGAAAUAUUCAGACAGAUACUAUCCUGAACAAUACAGAUCAAAAUUUGAAGAAGACGAUACUCCUGUACACCAUCAACACUCGGUUCGGGUAACUGGACAGUCUCAACGUACAAAUUAUGUAUCUCCCACAACUGUAAGACCACAACAAGUAUUUAGGUCACCUGAAGAAAUAAACAUUUCUCUACAACAACGAAGGCCUAUUCCACAUGUGACCCAACAAUACGAUGAAUAUUAGUUAAUAUGAAACUUAGUUUUAUCGACCCAUGGUGGUCAUAAUUAUUUAUAAAAUGUACUACACGUUAACUUAAAAUUUUCAAUAUAGCUGGACAGAAGUCUAGACCAGGGCAACAAAUAGAUAAAAACUUAUUGUAUUUACAAGGAAAAACCUUGAAUAAUUCUUUCAGUGAACUUUCAAUAAGAAAAUAAGAAAAUUUGUUUAAUCCAUUUAUUCAACACGCACAAUCAAACACAACUACAUAAAUACAACAGGUUAUUCACAUUUUCAUUUUAAGAACGUCCUUUUUAAGUUAACUUGUAUUAAUUUGUAGCGUUAAGUUAUGCAAAAACAUUAUUUUAGUAAAUACGACAGAAAAAAUGAUUAUAGCCAUUUCUUUCAAUGGUACUUGAAAAGUUUCAUUGAAAUUAUAACGUACGAAUAAAUUAAGUAUCACAUUGUUAA